GAGCAGCUACCACGAUAACGAUAUCCCGGGACAUCGAGAUGGUUCUCUUAUCGAAAAAAAAGCGUUACUCUCCAACAGUAUCCCCCCUGCCGGAAAGAGUGCGGUCGCGGUUAAUCUAACGGCUUAGGAUGGCUACGUCGGACUUCGUGCUGGGCGGAGUGGCCGCCAUGGGUGCUGGAAUAGUCACCAAUCCCGUGGAGGUGGUCAAAACUCGCAUGCAGCUGCAGGGAGAGCUGGCGGCACGCGGCUCUCACGCUCAGCCCUACAAGAAUGUCCUGCAGGCGUUCGUCACGGUGGCCAAGAAUGACGGCAUACUCGGCUUACAGAAGGGACUGGCACCAGCACUGUGCUUCCAGUUCAUCAUAAAUUCCAUCAGAUUAAGCACCUACACUCAUGCCGUGGCGAAGGGUUGGGUGCAUAACAAGAAUGGCGAGAUCUCGUUUGCACGGGGCAUGUUCUGGGGUGCAUUGGGCGGCGUUGUGGGCUCCUACUGUGCCAGCCCCUUCUUCCUGAUCAAAACACAACUUCAGUCGCAGGCGGCCAAGCAAAUUGCCGUCGGUUAUCAGCAUCCGCACACUUCAAUGAGUGACGCGAUAAGACAGAUAUACAGGAAGAGCGGCUUUUUUGGGCUGUGGCGGGGCUCCAUGGCUUCCGUCAGCAGGGCCACAGUCGCCUCCAGUGUCCAAAUCGCCACUUUUGGCAAGGCCAAGUGCCUGUUGAAGGAUAACGGCCUUGUCACGCAGCCGACGUUCCUCUCGUUCUUCUCCGGCCUGGCUGCUGGAUCCUUUGUAUCAGUGGCGGUCACACCCUUUGAUGUGAUUACUACGCGCCUCUACAACCAGGGUGUGGAUGCCCAGGGUCGCGGUCUCUACUACAAGGGCUGGCUGGACUGCGUCGCCAAGAUACUGCGGUCGGAGGGCACGUACGGCUUAUUCAAGGGAUUUUGGCCCAUAUAUCUGCGCAGUGCACCUUACUCUACUUUGGUGCUACUUUUCUUUGACGAACUGAUCGGUCUGCGCGAACGUUACGCUCCCCAUAAGUGAUACAACA